CAUAAAGCAAAGAGCUAUUGUCUAGCUACCAAUGGCCUCUAAAUUAUUAUUUGCAUUUGUCUGCAUUCUUCUUCUCUCCAUUUCUGCACAGAGCUACACUCGUCGUGCUCGCGAUCCUUGUAAAGAAAUGAUAUUUUACUUUCACGAUAUUGUUUACAAUGGUGAAAAUUAUAAGAACGCGACUUCAGCCAUAGUUGGCGCGCCAGAAUGGGGAAACAGGACCAUAAUGGCAAGUCCUAACAAUUUUGGGGACUUAAUUGUGUUUGAUGAUCCAAUUACACUCGACAACAAUUUACACUCAACCCCAGUUGGAAGGGCACAAGGCAUGUAUUUUUACGAUCAAAUGGACACUUUUAGUUCUUGGCUUGGUUUCUCUUUUGUGUUCAAUAAUACUGAUUAUAAAGGAAGCUUGAAUUUUGCUGGUCAUGACCCUUUGAUGAACAAAACUAGGGAUAUUUCAGUAAUUGGUGGAACUGGUGAUUUUUUCAUGGCUAGAGGAAUAGCAACUUUGAGCACUGAUGCAUUUGAAGGAAGUGUUUAUUUUCGACUUCGCGUCCAUAUUAAGUUGUAUGAGUGUUGGAAAUUGCUCUAGUUCCUCAUUUUUUUUCUUUAUUUGCAUGUUAAUCUUUGUUGAAGGAUGACUUCAACUUAUAAUAAAGGGUCAUGAAACAUUUCUUGCUUUUUA